AAUUUAGCGUAUAGAAACAGGAAGGGGAGAAAGAUGACGGAGAUGGCGGAGGAAACGCAAGGACAACUAUCACAGUAAGUCAGCAGAUAGCAGCUGUUUCAGUAUAGAAUGUAGCACAAGAGCUACCUAUACCUUUGUUUACCGGCUGAAUCUCAAGGGAAUGAACUUUGCAUCAAGUCUUUCCAUCGAGCAUUCUGCAUCAUUUGACGUCCAAAAUACGAUUUUACGCUCACGACUCAUGCGAUCGAAACCAACAUAGUCGUUUCUCGAGAUUUCAAAGGUUUUUACUGUGUGCAUUUUGAAGAUUUCACUAAAAAAAAAAAAAAAAAAAAAAAAAAAAAAAAAAAAAAAAAAAGAAAAAAGAUACUUUAAGUACUUUUACUUUCGGUACUUUAAGUUAUUAUUUUAUUUAUCAUCUCUAGUGACUGUAAAGAGAAAAGGGUUGGUAGCUCUGUUUUUGAUGAAGGUUUUGAUUUAUUUUCAUUAAAAAGAAAAAUGACUUUUGGAAAAUAGUAACAUUAGCAACUAACAUAUAAUUGUGAUGCUAAAGUGACUAAGAAAUAUAAAAACAAAAUGGCUUUGAAAGAAUACAGAGUCAAUUCUGUUGAGGUGAAAGAAAGUGAACGACCUCAGCAUCGUUACCUUGUGUUAAGGAAGCUUGGUCAAGGGACAUACGGGAAAGUUCAGUUAGCUUUAAACAAGGAAACGAACCAAGAAGUUGCGAUAAAGACAAUAAAAAAGGCUAAAAUUGAAAAUGAUGAAGAUAUGCUGCGCAUUCGUAGAGAAAUUCAUAUUAUGAGAGCCAUUAGACAUCCUCAUAUCAUACACAUUAAUGAAGUUUUUGAAACUAAGCAGAAAAUCGUAAUAGUGAUGCAAUAUGCCAGUGGAGGUGAACUAUAUGAUUAUUUGGGGUGUCAUCAAACUUUGCCUGAAGACGAAGCCCGGAGAAUAUUUCGUCAAAUUGCUUCUGCCAUUUACUAUUGUCAUAAAAAUCAAAUUUGCCACAGAGAUCUAAAAUUGGAGAAUAUACUUCUGGAUGAAGAAGGAAAUGCUCAGAUUGCUGACUUCGGCUUAUCGAAUGUUUUUGAUGAAAGAAGAAGAAUGAAUACCUUUUGUGGAAGUCCCUUAUACGCGUCUCCAGAGAUAGUAAAAGGAACUCCAUAUAAAGGACCAGAAGUUGAUUGUUGGAGUCUAGGAGUACUCUUGUAUACAUUAAUUUACGGAACGAUGCCUUUCGAUGGAAGAAAUUUCAAAGAGCUUGUAUCGCAAAUAUCCGAAGGAAGAUACGAAGAGCCAAUAAUUAAAUCGAGUAAGUAUAUGAAAUAUAAA